AUGAUCAUUGUUGAGGUCCGUAAGCUGAAUGAAAAUAAUUUUCGAUUUGCGGAGUGCAACCUUUUGAUAGUGUUAAGCUUUAACAAAAAAAAUAUUAGAAAUAACAUUAUAUUGUUGGAAAUGAUUUACCUGAAUUCUCACGAUCAUGGUAAUGAUUUCGGAAGAGAUGCAAUCAUGGGCAUUCACAAUCAUUCAUCAUCAGAAGACAAAAUAGGUUUAAUAUCACUAUUUUCUCCAAUACCCCCAGCAUGGGUACGAGCCAUCGUGCAGAGGAUUUUACUAUUCUUGGAUUUUGAAACCACUUUUACAUCCAUGCCGUAUGUUUGUAAAGGCUGGACGAGUUGUUUAUAUCCUUCCAUACGACAAAACAAUGAAGGAAAUUCGUUUUUAUAUCAACAUAGAGGAGGAGAGGAUUACAAUGAUGCUAAUGAUGAUUCCGAAGAUGAAGAAAAAUCAAUUUGGGAAUUACUCUUAUAUCGGGAUUAUUCCUCAUCAUCAAGUAGUAGUGCCAUUAAAAAACUGAUGGAACGAAUUGAAUUUGGACAAGUAUUCAUGUCCAACGAACAAACACGAAAAGAUCACGCUACAUUUGAGACCUUGUACAAACAUUUGAGGAGGAAUGAUGCUCUAGCACUGAGUGUUCGUCAUGUUCGAUCCAUGACGACGAUGUUGACAUCUACAGCAGAUGAUAAUGGAAGUAUCAUGACUUCUAACGAUCGUACGUUUGCCAAUGAUGAAGGAUUAAUGGUGGAUGAUGAAAACGAUACGAAUGAAAAUGGGACUCCAAUGAUGACUUUGAAACAAUUAGAUCGAGAAGCUCUCUUACAUCUCAUUCAAACCUAUUCGACCAAUAUUGUAAUGAACACACAACAAAGAAUUGAACUCUUUGUUGCCUUUCUCAAUCAAGUGGAUGCCUACAGGACCACAGCUAAUUAUUUGGAGAAUCAUCAGCAAGAUCUUGACUCGUUAGUAAGCGACUUGUCAAUUAUUGAAGAAACAUUUAAAUUUACUCGACUCUGCAAGAGAAUUGAGGAGGAAACAGAAGAGGAAACCAUUGAGUCCAUGAAUAUUACUCGAAGAACCAUGCAAGUGGAGGGAAUAUUUGUGAACUGGAAUUGCGAUUUUGUGAAAAUGACAUUUAUCAUUGAUUUUCCUUAUAGUGACCUGAAUCCUAAUGUUGAUAUUGACAUGGAUGUUUUCUAUAAUUUAGGGGAUCUAAUUUCCAUGUCCAUUACUGAGGUUGGGCUUGAGAACUUUUCUGUAAUACUAGGAAAGGACUUAGAAAGUGCAUAUCCUUGGCUAAAAGGAGAUUCAUCCUCAAGUGCUUUUGGAAGCUCCAAUUUUGAUGAUGAUGACAAUUUCAGUGAACAGAAUGACUUUAUCACACAACUAGGAAACACAUUCAUUUGGAGAUGCUUAAUGGGAGCCAUUUCACUUCAAAUAACUCCUAUUCAUGAAUAUAACGAAAUGACUUUUUCAAGAACAGAAGACUUGUACUACUUUCUCAAAUUUGGACAAUUAGACAUUAUGCAUGAAUGCAUGCCACGACUUGAUGAUCAUUUUUGA